AUGUCAUCAGACGGAGAGAUAUGCUCACCUCCGGUUCUGCAAAAAGACUCCGACCGAGACAGUUCUGUCUCCUCAGAUCUUCAGGAAGAGUAUGAAGAACUGCUUCGUUACGCUGUAGUGACUCCAAAUACUGAAGCAGGUGCUUCACAGCUGUCUCAUUCAAAGGGAGAAGCAGUGCCAGAUGUUAAAAUUCCUACUAUAAUUGAUGAUAUUCUUCAAAAUCCAGGGUCAUCACCAGCAUCCCCAAGGAAGCCGCCUCACCCGGUCAUGGAUUUUUUCAGUUCAAAUCUUUUAGUUGACUCUUCCUCACCAGGGUCUAAUUCCAGUCCUAUCGAUGCCCAUGAAAUAAUUGUGACUGAUUUUGUUGUUUCUGAUGAAAACCUUCAAAAGAUGGAAAAUGUGCUUGAUCUCUGGAGUUCAGGUCUUAAGACAAACAUCAUAUCUGAACUAAGUAAAUGGAGACUGAAUUUUAUUGACUGGCACCGAAUGGAAAUGAAAAAAGAGAGAGAGAAACAUGCAGCAGAUUUCAAACAACUGUGCAGCCAGAUCAGCAGCUUGAAGGAGCUGCAGAAAACCUAUGAAGUCUCCAUUGGGAGAAAAGAUGAGGUGAUUUCUAGCUUGUCUCAUGCCAUAGGCAAGCAAAAGGAAAGGAUAGAGUUGAUGAGAACAUUCUUCCACUGGCGAAUCAACCACGUCAAAUCAAGGCAGGAUGUUUAUGAAAGUAAACUAGCUGACCAGUAUUUUCGGCGAACUUUACUGAAGAAAGCCUGGAGAGGCUGGCGGGCCGUAAUACAGAAGCAGUGGAAGGAGGUGGUGGAACGAGCUUGUCAAGCCAGAGCUGAGGAAGUCUGUGUCCAGAUUUCCAAUGACUAUGAAGCCAGAGUUGCUCUGUUAUCUGGAGCUUUGGAAAAUGCAAAAGCUGAGAUCCAAAGGAUGCAGCAUGAAAAAGAGCACUUUGAAGAUUCCAUGAAGAAAGCUUUCAUGAGGGGUGUGUGUGCGUUAAAUCUUGAGGCCAUGACUAUAUUUCAGAACAGAGAUUUGACGACCACUAAAAGGGAAGAGUACGGUCCUGGUGUUCAGGGAAAAGAGCCUCCUUCUGCUCACGUGGACGCUGCAGCCCCUGCGGCGCCCUCGGCGGGCGCAGUGCCGCCAUCCCCGCCAGCAGCGGCGCUCGGAGCCACCUGCGCGGCCGCGUUUCCCUCGGCGGCUUCCGCCGCCUCUGCCGGCGCCACUUCCGCUUCCUCAGUCCACCUCCCCUAUGGGCCCAGGGCUGUGACAUCAGCGCAACAGAAAGCUGGGAGAACAAUCACGGCCCGGAUCACAGGGAGAUGUGAUUUUGCUUCAAAAAACAGAAUCAAUAGCAGUUUGGCUAUAAUGGGAGUUUCUCCUCCCAUGAGCUCCGUUGUUGUGGAAAAACAUCAUCCGGUCACAGUGCAAACCAUUCCUCAAGCUGCUGCAGCAAAAUACCCGCGGACCAUUCACCCUGAAGGCAGCGCCUCAGCUCCCAGGUCUCUUGGAACCAGAACAGCUCACACCCAGUCUCUCACAAGCAUUCCGUCCAUAAAAGUGGUUGACUGA